CACAGCUGCCCCGGGCUGGAUUUGACUUUGGGGAUUUUUGUUCUGACUCUCCAAUGAAUCUGCUACGAUGGCUGUUGAUGACAGUAAUUUAUAUUCCAGAACGAAGGACAAGCUAACUUCACCCCAAAAUGAUUACAAAUCGUCAAGAAGGAGCAGCCUACCCCCUGAAAUACUCUUAGGAAAUGACAUUAGAGGAAGACUUCAAAGAAACAUUAAGAACUUGGAACCUUUUCAUCUAAGGCGUCCCAAAAAGAGACCAUCCAUCUUUCCAGCAUCUCCAGUCGGCAACGGUUAUAUCAAGCCUCCAGUUCCCCCUGCUUCCGGCACACACAGGGAGAAGGGGCCACCAACCAUGUUACCUAUCAAUGUGGACCCAGACAGCAAACCAGGAGAGUAUGUCCUCAAGAGUUUAUUUGUCAACUUCACCACUCAGGCUGAACGCAAGAUCCGCAUCAUUAUGGCUGAACCAUUGGAAAAGCCAUUGACAAAGUCUCUGCAGCGUGGAGAAGACCCCCAGUUUGAUCAAGUCAUCAGCUCCAUGAGUUCCCUGUCUGAGUACUGCCUGCCUUCCAUCCUGCGAACAUUAUUUGACUGGUAUAAAAGGCAGAACGGCAUUGAGGAUGAAUCACACGAAUACAGACCAAGAACCAGCAAUAAAUCAAAAAGUGAUGAACAACAGCGGGAUUAUUUAAUGGAAAGACGGGACCUUGCCAUUGAUUUUAUCUUUUCUUUAGUAUUAAUAGAAGUUUUGAAACAGAUUCCACUUCAUCCUGUAAUAGACAGUUUAAUACAUGAUGUUAUUAACUUGGCUUUCAAGCACUUUAAAUACAAGGAAGGGUACCUUGGUCCUAACACUGGCAAUAUGCACAUUGUGGCAGACCUGUAUGCAGAAGUCAUUGGAGUGUUGGCACAAGCUAAGUUCCCUGCUGUCAAGAAGAAAUUUAUGGCAGAGCUGAAAGAAUUACGACACAAAGAGCAGAACCCAUAUGUGGUGCAAAGUAUUAUCAGCUUGAUAAUGGGAAUGAAAUUCUUUCGAAUUAAGAUGUAUCCAGUGGAGGACUUUGAGGCUUCUCUUCAGUUUAUGCAGGAAUGUGCACAUUAUUUCCUUGAAGUCAAAGACAAGGAUAUCAAACAUGCUUUGGCUGGGCUUUUUGUGGAAAUCCUUGUCCCUGUUGCUGCUGCUGUUAAAAAUGAAGUCAAUGUCCCAUGCCUUAGAAACUUCGUGGAAAGUCUCUAUGAUACCACACUGGAACUUUCUUCUCGAAAGAAGCAUUCCUUGGCCUUGUACCCCCUGGUGACCUGUCUGCUGUGUGUCAGUCAGAAGCAGCUGUUCCUGAACAGGUGGCACGUUUUCCUUAACAACUGCUUGUCUAAUCUUAAGAAUAAAGACCCCAAGAUGGCUCGAGUUGCACUGGAAUCUCUCUACAGAUUACUUUGGGUUUACAUGAUUCGAAUUAAAUGUGAAAGCAACACAGCUACUCAGAGCCGACUUAUAACCAUCAUCACCACACUUUUCCCCAAAGGGUCCCGAGGUGUUGUACCAAGGGAUAUGCCUCUGAACAUCUUUGUGAAAAUCAUCCAGUUCAUCGCCCAGGAACGUUUAGAUUUCGCAAUGAAAGAAAUCAUUUUUGAUUUUCUUUGUGUGGGAAAACCAGCCAAAGCUUUCAGUCUCAACCCAGAGAGAAUGAACAUCGGUUUACGAGCAUUCUUGGUAAUAGCCGAUAGCUUGCAGCAGAAGGACGGAGAACCUCCCAUGCCAGUUACUGGGGCUGUACUUCCUUCUGGAAAUACAUUGAGAGUAAAGAAAACAUACUUGAGUAAAACUCUUACUGAAGAGGAAGCCAAAAUGAUAGGCAUGUCCUUAUAUUACUCUCAAGUACGAAAAGCUGUGGACAACAUUUUAAGGCACCUCGAUAAAGAAGUGGGGCGAUGUAUGAUGCUUACUAACGUCCAGAUGUUAAACAAAGAACCUGAAGAUAUGAUCACGGGUGAGAGAAAGCCCAAAAUAGAUCUUUUCAGGACCUGUGUUGCUGCUAUUCCUCGGCUGCUUCCGGACGGGAUGUCAAAACUUGAACUUAUUGACUUGCUGGCCAGGCUGUCUAUUCAUAUGGAUGAUGAAUUGAGACACAUUGCACAGAACUCUCUUCAGGGUUUACUGGUUGACUUCUCUGAUUGGAGAGAAGAUGUCCUAUUUGGCUUUACCAACUUCCUGCUCCGGGAAGUAAACGACAUGCACCACACUCUCCUCGAUUCAUCGCUGAAGUUGCUCCUACAGCUGCUCACCCAGUGGAAACUGGUCAUACAGACGCAAGGGCGGGUCUGCGAACAACCCAGCAAGAUCAGAAACUCAGAGCUCAUUGCAAAUGGCUCCAGCCACAGGAUGCAGUCAGAGCGGGGCCCUCACUGCAGUGUCCUCCAUGCUGUAGAAGGAUUUGCACUGGUUUUACUCUGCAGUUUCCAGGUGGCCACACGGAAGCUCUCUGUGUUGAUACUCAAGGAAAUCCGCGCUCUAUUCAUGGCCCUGGGCCAGCCAGAGGAGGAUGAAAGGCCAAUGAUUGAUGUCAUGGACCAGCUAAGUUCUUCCAUUCUCGAGAGUUUCAUUCAUGUCGCAGUUUCAGAUUCGGCAACAUUACCGCUGACCCACAAUGUAGAUCUUCAGUGGCUGGUGGAAUGGAAUGCAGUCCUGGUAAACAGUCAUUAUGAUGUGAAGAGCCCUUCCCACGUCUGGAUCUUUGCACAGUCUGUGAAAGACCCCUGGGUCCUCUGCCUCUUCAGUUUCCUUCGGCAGGAGAACUUGCCAAAGCACUGCCCCACGGCCCUCAGCUAUGCCUGGCCUUAUGCCUUCACUAGGCUACAGUCAGUGAUGCCACUGGUGGACCCAAACAGCCCAAUUAAUGCCAAGAAAACCAGCACUGCAGGCAGCGGAGACAAUUAUGUCACCUUGUGGAGAAAUUACCUCAUUCUCUGUUUUGGAGUCGCAAAGCCCAGUAUUAUGAGCCCAGGACACUUAAGAGCUUCUACUCCAGAGAUUAUGGCGACCACACCUGAUGGUACAGUGAGCUACGAUAACAAGGCCAUCGGUACCCCAUCCGUGGGCGUUCUGUUAAAGCAGUUGGUGCCUUUGAUGAGACUAGAAAGCAUUGAAAUCACAGAGUCCUUAGUUCUAGGAUUUGGGAGAACAAAUUCCCUUGUUUUCAGAGAAUUGGUAGAAGAACUCCAUCCCUUAAUGAAGGAAGCUCUAGAAAGAAGACCAGAGAACAAGAAGCGUCGAGAACGACGAGACCUGUUACGGCUACAGCUACUUCGAAUAUUUGAACUUCUGGCUGAUGCUGGUGUAAUAAGUGACAGCACAAAUGGGGCCUUGGAACGAGACACCUUAGCCCUUGGAGCUUUGUUCUUGGAAUAUGUGGAUUUGACUCGCAUGCUCUUAGAAGCUGAAAAUGACAAGGAAGUUGAAAUUCUGAAAGACAUCCGGGCACAUUUUAGUGCCAUGGUCGCCAACUUGAUUCAGUGUGUUCCAGUUCACCACCGAAGAUUCCUCUUCCCUCAGCAAAGCCUGAGGCACCAUCUCUUCAUCCUCUUCAGCCAGUGGGCAGGACCCUUCAGCAUCAUGUUCACUCCUCUGGACCGUUACAGUGACAGAAAUCAUCAGAUUACACGAUACCAAUAUUGUGCAUUGAAGGCAAUGUCAGCGGUGUUGUGUUGCGGGCCUGUUUUUGACAAUGUGGGCCUUUCUCCAGAUGGCUACCUCUAUAAGUGGCUUGACAACAUCCUGGCUUGUCAAGAUUUAAGAGUUCAUCAACUUGGUUGUGAAGUGGUUGUCUUGCUGCUGGAACUUAAUCCUGACCAAAUAAAUCUUUUUAAUUGGGCCAUUGACCGAUGCUACACAGGGUCCUUCCAGCUUGCAUCUGGGUGCUUCAAAGCCAUAGCAACUGUGUGUGGAAGCAGGAACUAUCCCUUCGACAUAGUCACACUGUUAAACCUUGUUCUCUUCAAGGCCUCUGACACCAACAGAGAAAUCUAUGAAAUCGCCAUGCAGCUCAUGCAGAUCCUUGAAGCAAAGCUUUUUGUAUACUCGAAGAAAGUUGCGGAGCAAAGGCCUGGCAGUAUUCUGUAUGGAACUCACGGCCCACUGCCUCCUCUCUACAGUGUGUCCCUGGCCCUCCUGUCCUGUGAACUGGCCAGGAUGUACCCCGAGCUCACGCUCCCUCUCUUCUCAGAGGUGAGCCAGCGAUUCCCCACCACACAUCCAAAUGGGCGUCAGAUCAUGCUCACCUACCUGCUACCCUGGCUACACAACAUCGAACUGGUGGACAGCAGGCUCCUCCUCCCUGGCUCAAGCCCUAACAGCCCAGAGGAUGAAGUGAAGGACCGGGAAGGAGACGUAACAGCCUCUCAUGGACUGAAGGGCAGUGGCUGGGGCUCUCCAGAAGCCACGUCACUGGUCCUGAAUAACCUCAUGUACAUGACAGCCAAGUAUGGAGAUGAAGUUCCUGGACCAGAAAUGGAAAAUGCGUGGAAUGCAUUAGCCAACAAUGAGAAAUGGAGCAACAACCUAAGGAUCACCCUGCAGUUCCUGAUCAGCCUGUGUGGGGUUAGCAGUGACACCGUCCUCCUACCCUAUAUUAAGAAGGUGGCGAUAUACUUGUGCCGUAACAACACCAUUCAGACCAUGGAGGAGCUUCUCUUCGAGCUGCAGCAGACAGAGCCAGUGAACCCCAUCGUCCAGCACUGUGACAACCCGCCCUUCUACCGCUUCACCGCCAGCAGCAAGACCUCCGCAGCCGCUUCCGGGACGACCUCCAGCAGCAACACAGUGGUCGCCGGCCAGGACAGUUUCCCAGAUGCUGAGGAGAGCAAGAUUCUGAAAGAAUCUGACGAAAGGUUUAGCAAUGUCAUCCGAGCACACACGCGCCUUGAGUCACGAUACAGCAACAGCUCAGGAGGAUCAUACGAUGAGGACAAAAAUGAUCCAAUCUCUCCCUAUACUGGCUGGUUAUUGACUAUCACAGAGACCAAACAGCCACAGCCCUUACCCAUGCCAUGCACUGGAGGGUGCUGGGCCCCAUUGGUUGACUAUCUCCCAGAAACCAUCACUCCACGGGGGCCACUGCACAGGUGCAACAUCGCUGUGAUUUUUAUGACGGAGAUGGUGGUGGAUCACAGUGUGAGAGAAGAUUGGGCUCUUCAUCUUCCAUUACUACUUCAUGCUGUCUUCUUAGGUUUGGACCAUUACCGGCCUGAAGUCUUUGAACACAGCAAAAAAUUGCUUCUUCAUCUCCUGAUAGCCCUUUCUUGUAACAGCAAUUUCCAUGCCAUUGCCUCUGUGCUCCUGCAGACCCGAGAGAUGGGUGAGGCCAAGACAUUAACCGUCCAGCCAGCCUACCAGCCGGAAUACCUAUAUACAGGUGGCUUUGACUUCCUGAGAGAGGACCAGUCAUCACCAGUGCCUGACUCGGGGCUGAGCUCCAGUUCCACCUCCUCCAGCAUCAGUCUGGGCGGCAGCAGUGGGAACCUCCCACAGAUGACCCAAGAGGCCGAAGACACUGAUGCAGCUGCAGAAGCGGAUGAGAAGGCAAACAAGCUCAUUGAGUUUCUGACCACCAGGGCAUUUGGCCCACUUUGGUGCCAUGAAGACAUCACACCCAAGAAUCAAAAUUCCAAGAGUGCCGAACAGCUGACUAAUUUUCUACGUCACGUCGUAUCUGUGUUUAAAGAUUCCAAAUCAGGUUUCCACCUGGAGCAGCACUUGAGCGAAGUCGCACUGCAGACCGCCCUGGCCAGUUCUUCACGGCACUACGCAGGUCGGUCCUUCCAGAUAUUCCGGGCCCUCAAGCAACCCCUGUCAGCACACGCCUUGUCGGACCUCCUGUCCAGACUGGUGGAGGUGAUCGGAGAGCAUGGAGAUGAGAUUCAGGGAUACGUGAUGGAAGCGCUCCUGACCUUGGAAGCUGCUGUGGAUAACUUGUCUGACUGCUUGAAGAACAGCGACCUCCUAACCGUGUUAUCUCGCUCUUCAUCACCAGACUUAAGCUCCAGUGCUAAACUAACAGCAAGCAGGAAGAGCACAGGACAACUAAAUGUGAACCCAGGAGCCACCAGUGGCAACCCCACGACCACAGAGAGGAGUCGACAUCAAAGAAGCUUCUCUGUGCCCAAGAAGUUUGGAGUUGUGGACCGAUCCUCCGACCCACCUCGAAGUGCCACAUUGGAUAGAAUUCAGGCUUGUACCCAACAGGGCCUCUCCUCAAAAACCAGAAGUUCCUCCUCCUUGAAGGACAGUCUUACAGACCCAUCCCACAUAAACCACCCAACCAAUCUCUUGGCAACCAUAUUCUGGGUCACAGUGGCCUUGAUGGAGUCUGAUUUUGAAUUCGAAUACCUCAUGGCCUUGAGGCUGUUGAAUCGACUGUUGGCACAUAUGCCACUCGAUAAAGCUGAGAAUCGAGAAAAACUUGAGAAGCUCCAGGCACAGCUCAAGUGGGCUGACUUCUCAGGGUUACAGCAGUUGCUGCUCAAAGGAUUCACAUCCCUCACCACCACAGACCUUACCCUGCAGCUCUUCAGCUUGCUCACACCAGUGUCUAAGGUAUCCAUGGUGGAUUCAUCACAAGCUAUUGGGUUUCCUCUGAAUGUCUUAUGUCUCCUGCCCCAACUGAUCCAGCAUUUUGAAAACCCCAAUCAGUUCUGUAAGGACAUAGCAGAAAGGAUUGCUCAGGUUUGCUUGGAAGAGAAAAACCCCAAACUUUCAAAUCUUGCACAUGUGAUGACUCUUUAUAAAACACACAGCUACACAAGGGACUGUGCCACGUGGGUCAAUGUGGUCUGUCGCUAUCUUCACGAAGCCUAUGCCGACAUAACCUUGAACAUGAUCACCUACCUUGCAGAGCUUCUGGAGAAAGGGCUCCCCAGUAUGCAGCAGCCACUCCUCCAAGUGAUCUACAGUCUGCUCAGCUACAUGGACCUCUCUGUUGUUCCUGUGAAGCAGUUCAAUGUGGAAGUUCUCAAGACCAUUGAAAAAUAUGUGCAGAGUGUUCACUGGAGAGAAGCUCUGAAUAUCUUGAAGCUGGUUGUUUCUCGAUCGGCCAGUCUGGUGCUGCCUUCUUACCAGCACAGCGACCUGUCCAAGCUAGAGAUACACCGAGUGUGGGCCAGUGCCUCUAAGGAGCUACCAGGAAAGACUCUGGAUUUCCACUUCGACAUUUCAGAGACACCAAUCAUUGGGAGGCGAUAUGAUGAACUCCAGAAUUCUUCUGGGCAUGAUGGGAAACCCAGGGCCAUGGCAGUCACCAGGAGUGCAUCAUCCACCUCUUCAGGCUCCAACUCCAACGUCCUUGUUCCUGUGAGCUGGAAAAGACCCCAGUAUUCUCAGAAGAGAACAAAAGAAAAGUUGGUGCACGUCCUUUCUCUGUGUGGCCAAGAAGUAGGACUAAGCAAAAACCCCUCGGUGAUUUUUUCCUCGUGUGGGGACCUGGACCUGCUGGAGCAUCAGACGAGCCUGGUGUCCUCAGAGGACGGAGCCCGGGAGCAGGAGAACAUGGAUGACACCAACAGCGAACAGCAGUUCAGAGUCUUCAGGGACUUUGAUUUCCUCGAUGUGGAGUUGGAAGAUGGAGAGGAACUCCAGGGGGAGAGCAUGGACAAUUUCAACUGGGGCGUGCGCAGGCGUUCUCUGGACAGCCUGGACAAGUGCGACAUGCAGACUCUGGAGGAACGCCAGCUCUCAGGAAGUACUCCCAGCCUCAAUCAAAUGAACCACGAGGAUUCUGAUGAAUCCUCCGAGGAGGAAGACCUCACCACUAGCCAGAUCCUGGAGCACUCAGACCUAAUCAUGACCCUCUCGCCCUCGGAGGAGACCAAUCCCAUGGAACUGCUGGCCACUGCAUGCGACUCCACCCCCGCCGACCCUCAUUCCUUUAACACCAGAAUGGCUAGCUUUGAUGCUGCUUUGCCUGAUAUGAAUAAUCUGCAGAUUUCAGAGAGUUCAAAGGCUGACACUCUGCAAGAGGAAGAAGACACCACAGUGCACGAGGAUGAUCUUUCAGGUUCCAUCAAUGAGCUCCCUGCAGCUUUUGAAUGCAGUGACAGCUUCAGUCUGGACAUGACUGAGGCAGAGGACAAAAGCAAUCGGGGCCUGGACCAGUUUACCCUUGCAAGCUUUGGAGAAGGUGACAGGGGAGUGUCUCCCCCGCCCUCGCCUUUCUUCUCUGCCAUCCUUGCUGCCUUUCAGCCUGCAGCCUGUGACGAUGCUGAAGAGGCCUGGCGCAGCCACAUCAACCAGCUCAUGUGUGACUCCGAUGGCUCCUGCGCCGUCUACACCUUUCAUGUGUUCUCCUCUCUGUUUAAGAAUAUUCAGAAAAGGUUCUGCUUCCUGACCUGUGAUGCAGCCAGUUACCUUGGAGACAACCUCCGGGGAAUUGGAUCUAAAUUUGUCAGCUCUUCCCAGAUGCUCACCUCCUGCUCUGAAUGUCCCACGCUGUUUGUGGAUGCUGAGACCCUCCUUUCUUGUGGACUUCUGGACAAGCUCAAGUUCAGUGUCUUAGAAUUGCAAGAAUAUUUGGAUACCUACAACAACAGAAAAGAGGCCACUCUCUCAUGGCUUGCAAAUUGUAAAGCAACAUUUGCAGGAGGAUCACGAGAUGGAGUAAUUACAUGCCAACCAGGAGACUCAGAAGAAAAGCAACUGGAACUGUGUCAGAGGUUAUAUAAGCUACACUUCCAGCUGCUGUUGCUUUUUCAGUCCUACUGUAAGCUCAUCGGCCAGGUGCAUGAAGUGAGCUCCAUGCCGGAGCUGCUGAACAUGUCCAGGGAACUGAGUGACCUGAAGAAGAACCUGAAGGAGGCCACUGCAGCCAUUGCUGCAGACCCGCUUUACAUAGAGGGAGCAUGGUCCGAGCCCACGUUCACAUCCACUGAAGCUGCCAUCCAGUCCAUGCUGGAGUGCCUGAAGAACAAUGAGCUGGGCAAAGCCUUGCGGCAAAUCCGGGAAUGCAGAAGUCUUUGGCCCAAUGACAUCUUUGGAAGCAGUUCCGAUGAUGAAGUCCAGACACUACUGAAUAUUUAUUUCCGUCACCAAACCCUGGGACAGACGGGUACCUAUGCACUGGUGGGAUCUAACCAGAGCUUAACUGAAAUCUGCACCAAGCUGAUGGAGUUGAACAUGGAGAUUCGGGACAUGAUCCGCAGGGCCCAGAGUUACCGAGUCCUCACUGCUUUCCUCCCAGACUCCAGUGUUUCUGGCACUAGUCUCUGACAGGAGCCACCCAUCCCCCAUGCUUUCCAAGCUGGGGGUGCUGCCAUGCUGGGGCCAUGUCUUUCAAUGUCUUCACAGUCUUUACAAGGCUUGGACAGACUGUUCUCCCUCUUGUUACCUGUAGGACUUUUUCUAAAGAAGAUGGCAGAACUUCCAACAUGUAGCAAUACUCUUAAGAACCAAGGUAGCCUAGGACCUCUGGAGACAGACUCCACCUACCCUGCUGUGUGGCACCGGUGUGUUUUCCUUUCCUGAGCACAUGCAACUCACAACUGAAGGAGUCACUUACAUCGCAUACCAAAGCCGACCCUGAACAAUACCUUCCUUUCUAGAAGCAUCUUUAGAUUGGCAAAAAAGUGCAAUGUUUUCUUCACUAAAAAGUUUUAUAUUCUAAAACUUGUACAUUCGUUCCCCUUCUCCUUUAUCUUUUUUUCCUUUGUUUUUUUGUUUUUUGGGUGUUUUUUUUUUUUGGUGGACUGAGAAAGAGGGCAGGCAGAAUGAAGCUGGACACUGAAAAAAUUGUAAGAUGGUCAACAGCUGACAAGCCUGUGUAUUUGAAAAGGGAAUUGUAAAUGGACUACAAUUUAAUGUACACUGUUAUUUGAAUACAAUUACUGUAUCUAAAAGGAGCUGCUAUGAAGUACCUUUCUUAUGUUGCUAGGCUACUGUUUCUAAAGGGCCCAGAUCUCUUUGCACCGUAAAUGAUCCAGAGAGACUCUUUUUAAAGAUCUUGGCUGCUUUUUACUAGAAGGUUGCUUUUAUGAGCAUAUUUAUACUACAGAAGGAUGAGUGUUACUUUUAAUUAACUUUGCCAUUUUGUAGAGAAAAGUUACUCGCAUUAUCAAUUCUAUGUCUUUUCACCUGUCACGCAUGCAUAUUUUAAUAUCCAUUUGAUAGCCAGAAUCAUAAUGGUAAAAUAUGAGUUGUCACUUUGUUUCCUAAGAAUGUCAUAUUUUAUUUAUAAUAUAUAUGUAAAGGGCCAUUCUUGAGUUUUCUCCUGAAAUUUAUGGCUGUCAAGUAUUAGAUGUGUGCAUGUGAAUCUGUUGCACACCAGAAACAUAUUCAAAGUUUAUCUAUGUAACUUAUUCACUCUGUAAAUACAUUUAAAGUUUUUGUGAUGUGAUCUUGAUAUUCUGUUCAGAACUUUCUUUAGACUAAAAAAAAAAAAGACAAAAUA